UCCUUCCACCAAACAAACGGCUAACUUGUGCCGCACUCACACGGUCUCAGGGUCGCUGUACGGUGAAGAGUCAACAAAGUGUUGGGUUUAGAUUUACUCUUGUAGAUUUCUUUGAUUCUCAUACCUGCCGGGAUUAUUUGUUCUCGCUAUGGUCUCCAACGUCAAGAUUCAAUACACACAGCUAUUUAUCAACAAUGAGUUCGUGGAUUCUGUGAACAAAAAGAGGAUCCCAGUUGUGGACCCAUCAACAGAAGAGGUCUUGUGUGAAAUUCAGGGGGCAGAAAAAGAAGAUGUUGACAAAGCUGUAGCAGCUGCAAGAGAAGCCUUCAAGCUUCGGUCACCAUGGAGAACAAUGGAUGCUUCCAAGAGAGGACAACUCAUUGGCAAAUUUGCAUCUCUGCUGCAAAGAGACUUUGAUUACAUUGUUACCUUGGAGUCAUUGGACAAUGGCAAGCCUCGAACUGAAGCUGUGGUGGAUAUCACUAUGACUAUUGACUUGUUUCAAUAUUAUGCUGGAUGGUGUGACAAAAUCUGCGGAAAGACUAUUCCUGUUGAUGGAAAUUUUUUCACAUACACAAGACAUGAGCCUAUUGGAGUGUGUGGGCAGAUUAUUCCAUGGAACUAUCCUCUGCUAAUGUUUGCUUGGAAAGUUGCUCCAGCCAUUGCUUGUGGAAAUACUUGUGUCAUCAAGCCAUCGGAAUUAACUCCCCUGACAGCCCUUUACGCUGCUAGUUUGUUUAAAGAGGCAGGGUUCCCAGCCGGUGUACUUAAUGUGGUCCCAGGAUAUGGAGACACUGCUGGUAAUGCCAUCACUUCACACAUGGAUAUUGACAAAGUGGCCUUCACUGGAUCCACUGCGACUGGUAGGAAGGUGAUGACAGCUGCUGCUCAAAGUAACCUGAAGAGAGUCAGUCUUGAACUGGGAGGGAAGAGUCCAUUGAUAAUAUUUGCUGAUUGUGACAUUGACUUUGCUGUCAAAUGUGCUCAUGGUGCCAUCAUGACCAAUGCUGGACAAAACUGUGUGGCUGGUUCUAGAACUUUUGUCCAAGACACCAUCUAUGAUGAGUUUGUGAAGAAAUCUAAAGAACUUGCUGAGAAGAGAGUUGUGGGGGACCCUUUUGAUGAAAACACUCAGCAGGGACCAGUGAUCAGUAAAAGUCAGUUUGACAAAGUUCUGGGCUACAUGAAGAAAGGUAAAGAAGAAGGAGCCACAUUGGUGUUUGGAGGAGAGCAAGUUGGAUCAAAAGGUUUCUUUGUGAAGCCAACAAUAUUUGCAGACGUGAAGGACAACAUGAGCAUAGCAACAGACGAAAUCUUUGGUCCAGUUCAGAGUAUUCUCAAGUUCAGUGACCUCGAUGAAGUUCUGGAAAGAGCUAAUCGUACAAAGUAUGGACUUGCAGCUGGUGUCAUCACUAAUGAUAUCAACAAGGCUUUUAAGAUCUCACAGUCCCUACAGGCUGGCAGUGUCUGGGUCAAUUGUUAUGACAUAGUGACUUCUCAAACACCGUUUGGAGGUUUUAAACAGUCUGGACAUGGCAGAGAAGUAGGAGAAUAUGCACUACAGCUCUAUACCGAGAUUAAAACUGUUACAGUUCAAAUCCCAGAAAAAAAUUCUUAAUUGUUCGAGACAAGCUUGGAUGCUUUCUUUGUCUUGUGUAUGUUUUCAGUAAAAACUGAACAGACUUUGUUUUCUUUGACCUGAUGUACAUUAGCAUUAUGAGAACUACAAAAUCAUCUAACAGCUUAUACAGACUGUUUUUAGUUUUUGUCAGCUCAGAUUUAAACAUAGCAUCACAAUUUGAGUCUAUGAUUAAUUGAAUUAUUCUAAGACUGAAAACGUAAAUGUCUUUCUUUUGUGAUUGACUUUUUGUUGUAUAACAAUAUUGGACUUGUUAUUCUCUUUACAUUUGUUCAUAUAUGUAUAUAGUAUAUAUUUAGUAACUGAAAGUUUUUAAUUUCAGUUAAUUCAAAAUGUAGCUCUAGAAUUAUUUAUAAGUCUCAAUGUUGUCAAUGUAAUCCAAUAUAAAAUCUUGACUUCUUAGCAUGUAAUCAGAGAAUUGCGUCUUGUUUACUGAUGGCAAUAUUUUGUAAUGAAAUUAUUGUAAUAAACUCAAAUGAGAUUUUGAAUAUAA